AUACACCGAAGGCCUUGAAAAUUUCUGGUGCAGGUUCCAAAUGACAAGAAAUUUCUCUACGGGAAUCUAAAAUGCACCACGCCAGUUUUGCUGAAUCUGUCCAGAUAUUUAGGAAGUGGAGCAAGGGAUUCACUCGAUCAUCCUUCCUGCUCAGGCUGUGGGGAGGAUUUCACUCUAUCAUCUGACCGACUGGCACGCCUGUCAUUUUAAACAGGUGAUUCCCAUUCAUCUGCUCAGACGGUAUGAAUGGAUUCAGAUAUUUCAGCUAAAGGGACAUCAGCAAGUUCACACUGGGACAAUGCCAUUCACCUGAUCUCUGUGUGAGAAGGGAUUCAGUAGGUCUUCCCUCCUGUGAACAAACCUGUCAAUUCACACUGGGGCAGAGGCCUUUCACCCGCUCAGACUGUGUGAAGGGAUUCACUAAGUCAUCCACCCUAAUGGCUCACCAACGAGUUCACACUGGGGAGAGGCCGUUCACCUGCUCAGACUGUGGGAAAGGCUUCAGCUGCUCAUCUAAACUGAAGGUACAUCAGAGAAUUCACACUGGGGAGCGGCCAUUCACCUGCUCAGACUGUGGGAAGGGAUUCACUCAGUCAUCUGAACUGAAGGUACAUCAGAGAGUUCACACUGGGGAGCGGCCGUUCACCUGCUCAGACUGUGGGAAGGGAUUCACUCAGUCAUCUAAAUUGCAGGUACAUCAGCAAGUGCACACUGGAGAGAGGCCAUUCCCCUGCUCAGACUGUGGGAAGAGAUUCACUCAGUCAGCCCACCUACGAGCACACAGGUCAGUUCACACUGGGGAGAGGCUGUUUACCUGUUCAUACUGUGGGAAGGGAUUCAUUUUGUCGACUCAGCUACUGAGACACCAGUCAGCUCACACUGGGGAGAAGCCAUACACCUGCUCAGUGUGUGGGAAGGGAUUCACUCGGUCAUCCGCCCUAAUGGCUCACCAGCGAGUUCACACCGGUGAGCGGCCGUUCACCUGCUCGGACUGUGGGAAGAGAUUCACUCAGUCAUCUCACCUACAAGCACACAGGUCAGUUCACACGGGGGAGCGGCCAUUUACCUGCCCGUACUGUGGGGAGGGUUUCACUUUGUCAUCUCAGCUACUGAGACACCAGUCAGUACACACUGGGGAGUGGUCGUUCACCUGUUCAGACUGUGGGAAGGGAUUCACUCGGUCAUCCGCCCUAAUGGCACACCAGCGAGUUCACACUGGGGAGCGGCCGUUCAGCUGCUCAGACUGUGGGAAGGGAUUCACUUGCUCAUCUAAACUGAAGGUACAUCAACGAGUUCACACUGGAGAGAGGCCGUUCAUCUGCUCAGACUGUGGGAAGGGAUUCACUCGCUCAUCUGAACUGAAGCUACAUCAGCGAGUUCACACUGGGGAGAGGCCGUUCACAUGCUCAGUCUGUGGGAAGCGAUUCACUCGGUCAUUUCAUCUGAAGGUACACCAGCGAGUUCACACUGGGGAGAGGCCGUUCACCUGCUCAGACUGUGGGAAGGGAUUCUCUUGCUCAUCUCAACUGAAGGUACAUCAGUGAGUUCACACUGGAGAGAGGCUGUUCAGUUGCUCAGACUGUGGGAAGGGAUUCACACAGUCAUCCCACCUACAAGCACACCGGUCAGUACACUCUGGGGAGAAGCCAUUCACCUGCUCAAGCCUGAAUUAUACCUCUGAGUAGGCACUAUGGUGUAGCAUAUGCAGUAGCCCAUGCAUGUUGUCUACACAGUUGUGAGCAUUUCUACUUGUGUGUUUGUGUGCCUGCGUUGCUCUGCCAAAACGCUAGUUGGUGUUGGGGUGCUAUUCCACUGUGUUGAAUUGACUCGAGUGGAGUUGGGAACGAUGGCAACUGCUGAGUUCAUCUUGUUGGAGUUGGAGCUAAUGGAUGUUGAACAAGAGUUACUUUUAUUGAAAUUACUGCAGCGCAGAAAGAGAGAAAUUUUUCCAUUUCUUUGUGCAGUCCAUGACGUCCAAGCCGCUCUUGUGGAAAUUUCUUUCCACAAAUUUGAUGCCAUUUUCAAGUCUUUAUUGUGUGCCGGUGAAGAGUCGUGCAAAUGUACAUAUUUUCUGACUUCCUCACUUACCCUCUCCUCAAUUUGUUCCAUUUUCCAACUUUGAAACAACAGGAUAUGCGUAGGAGGAAACUAGCUGCUGCCAAGUAGAUCAAUCACAGUUCUUGCUGUCUGUGUCACCACGAUGCAUAGUUACAGUUUUGGGAAUGUGCACGUUAGGCUACAUUAGGCAAAAGACUCUCUUGGAGGCGCUACAUGGAGUCGCUUUCCGGCUUUGCUCUAUUCAUUUUAAAUUUACUUACCACUCCUUUAAUAUCUUUAUCAAAGUGUUUAUAACACUUUUAUAUAUUUGAAUUUGAAUUUUAAUCGACUAAAAUGGCUUACAGAGGAAGAAAGGCAUUAGCUGAAGGCAAGGAAACUGCAAUGGAAAUGGGAAGAAAGCAGGUGUCUUUGAACAGCCUAAAAAGUUUCAACUUACUUUACAGGCUAUCUCGAUUCUUUUGGAUGAAAAACUUGCUAAAAGGUUUACUACCUUGGAAGUAUGGUUAAAGGAGAGUGAAGGUAGGUUGGCAACACUUGAAAAGAAGAACAAAAAACAGCAGUGAGAAAUUUCAUCGCUUGUAACAGCUUGAAACAGAGAUCACAAAUUGAAUUCUUUGGAAAAGAAAUGAACUUUGACCACUCAUAUAUUGGAGCAGAAUAAAGUCAAGAUUAUUGAUUUGGAGAGUCGAAGCCACAGACUGAAUUUGCGAAUAAUAGACACAGUGAGGACAUUGAGAGCUGGGAUCUUACUCAUUUUUUUCUCAAUUCUGAAUGGAGGUCUUUGGCUCAGAGGUUUUUCUUCUCUUCCUGCGCUCGACCGCGCACAUCGGGCGCUGAAACCAAAACCGUCGAAAGGGUUAAAACCGCGUCAUGUAAUUCUACGAUGUCACAAUGGGAAUACUAAGGAGCUCUUCAUUCCGAUUGCUCAUCAGAAAGGAGUUACUGAGCAUCAGCAUCUUAAGUUUCAUUUUGUUGUAGAUUUUUGUCCUGAGGUUAUGCAAGAAAGAUUGCAUUUUAAAAUGGUGAUGUCAGAAUUAUAUCAGAGGAAUCUUUGUCCAGCUUUGUUCUAAACAUUUCACCUAAGGGUUGCUCUGCCCGACAAAUCAUUCAAAUGCUUUAAAUCCGUGAAUGAAGCAAAACAAUUUCUCGAAGAUCUAAGCUUGAACGCAGAUGUCUAAUGUUUUGAAGAUCAAUAUUUGAGCGUGGAUGUCUAUGAAAUUUACGGUUCCUUUAUGUCUGUGUAUCUGGUUUAUUAAUUAACAACCAGCUUAUAGAUUUGGACACUUUAGAACUUUGCCCUUGGGUUGAUUACAGUCGCACUGUGUUUUGACGUACGGACGUUUAUUAUGUUUCCACGUUAAAGUUCCUUUAAUUUUUCCUUCAUUGUUUUACUUUUUUAUUUUUAGUUGUUUGCUUUUGAAAAUCAUUAAGACUUUGAUUUGCUGAUUAUUUCCUUUUUCUUGAAAUAUUAUUAAAAUUGUAUUUUGUGUCAUUUUUAAGACCUUUCCUUUUAAAAUGGUCUGCAAUUGGCUGUUUUUUCUCUAACAUCUGCUUGACAUUCCUCUCGUAAUGUUUUGACAAUGGGUGGUUUGUUUCUUAUUUUUUUUAUUUUGAUAGAUUUGCCCUCAAGGGAGACAAGGGUAGGGAGGUUCUUAGAUAGUUGUUUGGCUAUCUAUUGGCCAGGUUUUUGGUCUUUGUGGUUUGGGGUAGGGGGGGGGGGGUAGGGCUAUUUUUAGUCUAGUAUUUUUUUCUUUUUGGCUGAACUGAAACUACAAAAAUGUCUGUAUUGUCGUAACUUCCGUUUCCUCUUUAAACUAUUUUCCAUCUUCCUGAUUCGUGAGUUUCCUAUGCAAUAUGGUUAACCCUUUACAUACUACAUUGUUUAUUUAAGGAAAAUGGAUAUUCCUAAUUAAUUUUGUCAUUAUUAAUUUUGUUUCAUGGAAUACGAACGGUUUGAAUCAUCCAAUUAAAUGGAAGAAUAUUUUUUGAGUUUUUCAUAGACUGAAUGUUCAGAUUAUUUUUGCGCAGGAGACUCAUCUGAGUAAGGAGGGUAAUCAGCGCUUCCUUAGUUUUCGGAAAGACCAACAGUUUCACUCUAACUCAUCGACUAAGGUGAAAGGUGUUUCUUUUUUUUAUAGACUCCUAGAUUUCAUUUGUUCACUAUGAUACAAUUUCAGACCAAUAUGAUAGACUUCUAUUAAACACCGGUUAACUUUAUGACAAUAAAUUAGUUUUGGUUAAUAUUUAUGCACUAAAUACUGACUAUACUGAAUUUAAGCACUUUUUUGCAUUUCUUCUCAAUUUAUAUGAAUAUAUGGUAAUAAUGGGUGGAGAUUUUAAUUGAUGUCUGAAACGUAUGAUGGAUAAGUCUGUGCCUAAUCAGGUACUUACAAACAAAUCUGCUAUUUUUAUUAAUUCCUUCUUAGUUGACUCUGGAAUUUUAAAAAUUAGGAGGUUUUUAUAUCCUAAUGAAAAAGAGUUCUCUUUUUUCUCAUGUAUAUCAUAAUUACUCUAGAUUCCUUUACACCUUUAUUGAUUUUCGAUUAGUUUCAUUUGUCACUGCCUGUGAAUAUGAUAACAUUGCCAUUUCCGAUCAUGCACCUUUGAAAUGAUCAGUUAAGUUAACUGAUGUAACCUUUGGUACCAAACAAUGGCGGUUCAACUCUAUUUUACUUCAGGGCUUAAAUUUUAUUAAUUUCAUUAAAGGACAGAUUGCUUUUUUCUUUUCUACUAACUCAACGGAAGAAAUUUUAAGUGGGAUAUCACGCAAUGCCUUUAAAACAUAUAUCCGAGGGUAAAUUAUUUCACACUCUGCUGGAUUGAAAAAAAAAUAAUUUCAAAUUAAUAAUGAAAUACGUACAUUGGUUGAUAAGAUUAAAGAAAUUGAUAGAAAUAAUUCUAUUGCUCCCCAUUUGAUGCUUUUUAAAGAGAGAGUUGAACUUAAGAUGCAACAUCAUUUGUUAUUAACAUCCCCGAUUGAAAAUCAGUUACUUUAUAUAUUUGUUGAUAAAUUGGGUAAAUUAUUGGCUAACCAAUUAAAAGCUGCUUUAGCGAAACUUCAGAUUAAUAGGGUUCUUAAACAGGAUGGUACUUUGACGGUUGACCAUGACGAAAUUAACAAAUUUUUUCAAGAAUUUUAUACCAAUUUAUACCAAUCAGAAUUUCCUGAGGAUUCUAUCAUAAUGCAUGAAUUUUUCAGGAAAUUAAAUAUUAUGAAAUUAUCAGUUGAUGAACAUUUAGUAUUAGACACACCCAUUACUGAAGAGGAAAUAAAGAAAGCAAUUUAUUCAAUGAAUUCUGGUAAAGCACCUGGUCCGGAUGAGUAUACAGCUGAAUUUUUAAAAUCUUUUUCCGGUUUACUUUCUCCCUGGUUAGGUAAAAUUUUUAAAGAUGCUUUAUUUGUACAUAAGUUACCGCAAACAUUUUAUGAAGCAUCAAUUUAUUUAAUUCCCAAAAAUGAUAAAUGAUCUUACUGAAUGUGCAACAGACAGAACUAUAUCUUUGUGAAUGUUGUAUCUAAAAUCCUUUCUCAAAUAUUAGCAAUUAGAUUGGUGAAGAUAUUGCCACAAAUUGUCUCCGAGCAUCAGGCAGGAUUUAUUAAAAAUCAUUAUACACAUUUUAAUGUUUGGAGGUUAAUGAACAUUGUAUACAUGACUUUAUCUAAGACACCAGAAUGUGUUAUCUCGGUCGAUGCCGAGACGGCAUUUGAUACAUUUGAAUGGGAAUAUUUGUUUAAAAUACUAGAGAAAUUUACUUUUAGCCCAAAAUUUAUAUCUUGGAUACAAUUGAUAUAACAUAUACCUUUGGCGUCUGUUUCACUAAUAAUCAGAGAUCCCCUUUCUUUAGGCUUUUCCAAGGUACUAGACAAGGCUGUCCCUUACUAUCAGAUAUUGGCCUGGAGCCCUUGGCAAUUGCUAUUCGUGAUUCACCCAAUAUAUUUGGUGUUACUCAUGGGAAUGGGACGCGUAAAGUAUCACAAUAUGCAGAUAACCUGUCGCUAGAUAUUUCUAAUCCAGAGUAAUCCAUUCCUGCAGUAAUAACACAUCUUGCACAGUUUAGUAGUUUUUCUGCUUAUAAACUGAAUCUUAAUAAAAGUGCUUUCCCCAUUAAAUAUGCAAGUCUCAAUUUACAGACAGUUACCAUUUAGAUUGCUUGCUGAUUAUUUUAUUUAUUUGGGUGUUAAAAUUACUAAGAAGCACAACGAUUUAUUUAAAGUUAAUGUUUACCCUUAAUUGAUCAGGCUAAACAAUUGUUUACUAAAUGGUCCCCAUUGUCCUUAUCCUUGAUUGGUUCCAUUAAUGCUAUUAAGAUGAUUAUUUUACCUAAAUUUCAGUACCUAUUUCAGGCAGUAUCAAUUUUUAUCUCUAACAUUUUUUUAAUAUUAUUGAUUCUAAAAUUUCUGCAUAUGGAUGGCAGAAUAGAAAUCCCAGGUGAAAUUAGAAAUAGUUACAGAAAUCAAAAAAGGAAGGCGGCUUGGUUUUGCCGGAUCAUAGUUUUUAUUAUCGGGCAAUUAAUAUUCGAUAUUUAAUGUUUUGGACACAAGAGUUGAACCUUGAGCAUGAGUCUCGACAGGAGUUUUCAUUGGCUUCUAUGUUAGGGGCUGUGGUUCCCUUUGCACUUACUAAAUUUAGUAAGCAAAUGGUAAUUACAAUAAUUAAGCAUACAAUAGGAAUAUGGUUUCAAUUUUGGUACUUUUUUGGACCAAAUAAAUAUAUACUGUCAAGUUCUAUUAUAUCUAUUUUUUUUUCUUUCAACCAUUUAAGUUGAUCAAGCUUUUCUUUUAUUGCAAACAAAGGGAAAAUUAUGUUUUCGUGACUUAUUUAUGGAUGAUUGUUUUAUUUCUUUUGAACAGCUUUCUAAUAUAUAUAAUUCGCCUAGAUCACACUUUUUCAGAUAUAUACAGAUUAGAAACUUUUUGAAUGUUAUUUUACCUUCUGUUCCGAUAUCACAUCAAAUUGAAGUUACGGGGGAAAAGUUCAAAUCCACAUCAGAAGAGUUUAUUAUCAUUUAUUUAUGAUUUAAUUAUGAAAAUACACUUGGAUACUUCUGAUAAAAUUAAGAAUGAGUGGGAAAGAGAACUUCGGAUACCUUUACCUAUGCAGAAAUGGGAGAAAAUUCUUGAACUAGAAAAUACCUCUUCAGUGUGUGUCAGACAUGCCUUCAUGCAAUUUAAGGUGGUUCAUCGGGCUCAUAUGUCCAAGGAUAAGUUUGCUCAUUUUUACUGCCAUUAAAUCCUGUUUCUGAUGGAUGUAAUUCCGAGGUAGCUUCCUUGACACAUAUGUUCUGGUCUUGUCCUCUUCUAAAAAAAUAUUGGAAGGAUAUUUUGAGAUAUUAUCUCAGUAGUUCUGCGUAUUGAUUUACAACCACAUCCUACUACCGCAAUUUUUGGACGACCGGUGAUGGACUCUAGUCAUUUAUCCUCGUCAGCUUGUCGUCUAAUUGCAUUUGUUACAUUAAUGGCCAGCAGAUCUACUUUACUUAAAUGGAAAGAUUCCAAUCUCCCUACUACAUUUGAAUGGUUUUCCCAAACCAUAACAUGUCUAAACUUGGAAAAAAUUAGGAGUGGUACUGUGGAUCCUUCGGUUGAAUCUGAAGAGACUUUGAGGCCAUUUAUUCAAUAUUUUCAUAUGCUGUAAGUUGACCCUUUCCGAAUCUUGUGUAAUAAGUUUUUGUUCUUGUAUAGACGAGCGGAGUUAACGCCAAAUAAUUUCAGCCGUUGUAAUAUGACAGCCCAAUUCUGUCUUUUUUUUUAAGUUUAGUGUUUUUUCUAGUUUACGAUUUUUUUCUCCUUAUUUAAUAUCUCUUUCAUGGUUAGUUGCUAUGCGAUUAGGAGGUUAAACUAAAUUUGUCAUUUGAAAUCUGUGCUUUUACGUGUCAACCGUUAUUAAUGUAAUCCCGAUCUCUUUGUAUCGUUAUAUAAUUGCUAUGCUUAUUGAAUU